AUGGUUCGGGUUAAGUUCACUGGUCCCCCGUCAACUGUCCAGGUACAGGCCCCGCAGAAUCUUCAUCCCCUUGCCUCCAACAAUAGGCCGGUCACGCGGGUCAGGGCGCCAGAUGUGGUCGAGGUACCCCCCAGGUUAACGCUUCAAGAAAGCAUACAUUUGAAGCAACAGCAGAGCCUGGAGAUGGUUCAGACCAUGUUACAUGUCUCGUUCGGAACUCUGUUUUAUCUUCGGGAGUUCUUACCGCUUCCAUGCUUCGACGAUCGGGACCUCAGAGAAGCUCAACGAGAGAGCCGACUCUCGUAUCGGCAAUUCAUCGACAAGCAGGCACAUGGCGAGGUCCUCGCUCGCAUGACAGAUGUUCCCUUCGGGAAAGGCAAGAAAGGCCAACCUUUGAAGAUUAUCCUCCGUGGCUCAGAUCCUAAGGCGGAUAUGAUCCUCGAUAUCUUGGAAACCGGGAUAUUCGAUGCGCUGAGCAGAAAUGUGCUUGAGGCCGUCCAAUUGACCAUUCUUGUCGAUAAAAAUGCGCCUGAAAACGUACUAGAGUCAUACACAUUUUCUUUUAAGUACACAGGGGAAGCCGGUGAUGUGAAUAGUCGGCUCGACAGUCUGUCCAUUGAGCCAGUGGGCUGUGUGGCUGAUAUGAAAUCGGCGCAAGCAGCCAGGAUAGGCCUGGAGACUAUUGUCAGGCGCUUGAUCACUCUCAGCGCCUUCCUACCAACCUUGCCAAACAAGCGAAACCUGGGUGUACACCUUUUCUACACCGACGAUUGUCCUCCUGAUUACGACCCUCCAGGGUUCAAUGGGGCGGCGAAUGAUGAUAUGAUCAAGUUUCCGCUCAACGAAAAUUGGAAAAGGGAAUCACAAUCAUGUGGACAGAUGGACAGCGGGUGGCAUACUGUGGGACUCAAGGUGACGUCGCUGAAAUGGACCGGUCCCGAGCCCGAGGGAUCAGAAGCUCCACCCCAGAUACCUCCUGACCUCGAAUACAAUGACCCAGUGCAGAGAUUGGAAGACAUUGGACUUGAGAAUAAAGAGGACAUAAUGCGCACACUCGGAAGAAGAAAUAGCACAUCAACGGAAAACCGAUCACGACCAGACGAUAACCUUCCUUUGUCGCCUCAGAGGACUAAUGACAAUGUGGUGUCGACACAGGAUCUCAUAGAAAAACAUCAACUGCAGAUGAUGUUGCCUUCACAAGCGACGGGUGGUUCAGACAGCGAUUUGGCGCCUACGCAACCGCUGAAGCCUAGCGUCACUCUCGAGGACGGCAAUGCAAGUCUCACGAAGAGUCGGAAGUUUGUCCUUACGGAAGAAAGUAGGAACAGGAUGCAGGAAUAUCUACGCUCACAGGACCUCGACGCUUCGAAAAAAGUGGAAGAUCAGAGCGCUAUCAGGUGCCAAUGCGGCUGGGAAGGCGAAGAGGCAGCUAUGGUUGAAUGUGCUUUUUGUCAUACGCGUCAACAUUUGCUGUGUUACGGUUAUGAAGAUGCCCUUGACCAGCAAGUCCCCGAAGUUCAUGCGUGCUACCAAUGCUUGCUUAGGCCAGACGAAUCCCAAUUGCUUCAUGAAAUGAAUAGUUUGGUGCUCCUCAGGAGAGCUGUGAGGAUCAUCCUAGACGAGGGGUAUCCUAGCAGGACAUCACUAUUCAUGCAAAAGCUUCAUUGCAACGGGCAAACUAUCGUCCAAAUAACAGAUAUUCUCAGAAAGCGCAAACUUCUCCUACCAACUCCAGGAAGCAAGGCCAAAGGGUUCAUGCGAAAGGGCUUGCCCAAGUUUAUUAUCCCUAGCUCAGAGGCCAUCCAGCAAAGAUUACAAUCGGAGAUAUUAAGCCCCAUGAUAAAGAUCCAACAUCAUUACGCUCAAGAUAGCUUGCAAAAUUCUCUCCAGCUAUCCCAAUCCGUGAAUGGUGAUGAGCUUGAUUCCAUUGCAAAGUCACUAUCCCAAGAAGAGUCUGGUUCUGAAACACAAGAUGAAAAGAAAACACAUGAUCCCACUGAAGAACCCACAGAAGUGCUAGAAGAGAGCCAGAGUAGGAAGAGAAAGGCGUCAUUGACAAACGAGCACAGCCAACCCAACGCCGCGAAGGAUGUUGCCCAAAAGAACGAACCCACGCCUAGGCGAUCCAGUGACCGAAUCUUGAGGAAAGACAGCAAGAAUCAAGGACAAUCACCAAUCAGAGUUGCCAAAGGCAAGAAUACCCACCAGCAAACCCCAACUCGCCGGAAUUCAAGCGAAAGCAGCCUUCGCCGUAGCAGCAGAAAGAGACGCAAGAUCAGCAAUUACUCCAAACUUGUCGAUGUUGGUGCCGACAAUUCUGGGAACGACAGUUCUUAG